CUGCAGCCUACUGGGAUUUGCCGCCGGCUGUUUCAACUGGCGAUGGCUAAACUCAUGGCAGGACGCUUUCGGAGAGGGACGUCGGGACAAAGCAAGGAGAUUCUGGUGUCAAAUAAGGCAAGAGAAGACGGUUCUGCAAGGAACAAACUGAGCAAGAAGGACUCAAGGUCUGAUAUCAUAAUUCAUUUCAAACAAAACGAAGAUUCUGAGGAAAAUGACAACCCAAUCAACAAGCUCGGCUCUUCCCGCUAUGAAGCAGGAAGAGAGACGCCGAUCAAGCUUGUUACAAUAAAUGAGAAAGGAAAAAGCAUAGUAAGUGAGCCAAGCUCAAGGCCGCCAGUGGCUCUGCCUGACAGCGGGAAAUCAAAGCCUCAAAGGCACCAUAGGCCACUCCUAAGUGUGGUUUCAAAUAUUAAUGAGCAAUCAGACGCUUUUAUCCGAAGUAGAAAGGAGAAAAUGAGAAAAAGCCUAGAACCAAAGCCAUAACCUUUCUUCUUCUUCUUCCUCCUCCUCUUUCUUGCACCAUAUGGAACGGGAGAACCCGGUAAGGCAAAGGCCUCUUCUGCAAAGAAAUAAGUGUUCUCUAGCUCACAUGG